AAAAAAAGUCGAGAGUGAAGAAGGGCCAUCAAGUUGCAAGAUGCAACUUAUACGGUAAUCUCGGCCGAAUCAUACCAUCCCCGACAAAUCGAGGAUGGCCACGAUCGACUUGAGCCGGCAGAGGGCAUCUCUGCUUGGCGAUGCGGCAGCAAUGCAGGUUUUGCCGCGCGAACUGCUUCUCAUAAUUCAAGACCACAACUCGACCCAACUUUUAGAGGCAGUCGCCAAUGCAGCCCUCGCCGCCCCGGCCGCAACAGACAGGAUACUUGCCCACUUCGAAUCGGUAUCUGCAGACAUAUGCGCCCGAUGGAUCCUGUCGCGUCCGAGGCUCGACGUGAGCGUGCUCGCGUCGUUUGCCCGGAUUCUUCCCUUUUCGCCUUCCCUCUCCGUCUUUCUGAUCUCUCAUCUGCGAGACGGAGUGGGAGGGCAAGCAGAAGGAGGCUCUAAUGCGAGGGUCCUCGAAGCCCUCGACCUGGUAUCUUUUCAGGAUGCAGACAUUCCCGUUGUCCUCUUGUCUCUCUGGAGGCUCAAUAACUUCGACAAGCGGACAUUUUCGCCCCUGUCCAAACCUUCCCAGCUGCAGUCCCUAUUCGCCCAUCGGGAUCCCACAGUCAGGUAUCUCGCCAUCAGGGUUUUCAGUCAGCUUCACGAUGCCUCGGACCAGAAGCUCGAGGCCAUGCUUGCCAAGCAUAUUCCUAAAGGCACCAGUCUGGUGGCGGAUUUGGACGGAAGAAGGGUGGAUUAUACGUUUCUGAGCCUGUACGAGGACGCGAGGAAUCAAGAGACCAGGCGGCUUCGCAAUAGUCUUCAGGCGGAUGGGUCUAUUGCACCCGAGUCCGCUCAGCCACGUAUCCCACCGCAAAAUCUAACUCCGCUUGUUGUCAAGUAUGGCAAGACAGUCCUCCCUCGGCCCCUGGGCCCUGUGAACACCCCCAGCGCUCUGGCCCUCACGCCGACCACCGUUGAGAAUCUGGAGAGUCUCGGCGCCUUGUUGCAACGGCCAGGCCCAAUCCUGCUGCAUGGCUUGUCCGGGGCCGGUAAAACGUCCCUCGUUCACGAGGUUGCAAGGGAGUUGGGCAAGCAGAAGGAGAUGGUGACCCUGCACCUCAACGAACAGACGGACGCCAAGAUGCUUCUCGGCUUAUACACGACCGACUCGAAACCUGGCUCCUUCCAAUGGCGCCCGGGUGUGCUGACGACCGCCGUAAAGGAGGGGAGAUGGGUGCUGGUGGAGGACCUCGACCGCGCACCGACAGAGGUCAUGAGCACGCUUCUGCCGCUUAUCGAACGUGGAGAGCUGCUGAUUCCCGGACGCGGCGAGAGGAUCCAGGCUUCUUCCGGGUUUCGGAUAUUUGCCACUGUCCGGACUCGGCUGGGCAUGAACGACAGGGAGAAUCUUCCGAACCUGAUCGGGUUGCGCCUCUGGCACUUGCUGCAUGUCAAGGCGCUGCCUCGGGACGACUUGAAAGAGGUCAUCAACGGGAGGUACCCCUUGCUGCACAAAUACAUACCCGGUGUGCUGGCAGUCUUCGACCAGCUCGUCGCCUGCACCAGCGGGUCGACCCGUCUCUCCCUUGGCCGAACUGCCCUCGACCGACCGAUCGGGACCAGGGACCUUCUGAAAUGGUGCAGCAGACUGGACGACGUCCUCCGCGCGGCCGGCUGCAAGACUGGUGACGAGCCCAUCACGGAUACGACGAGAGAUCGCAUGUUCCUCGAGGCCGUCGACUGCUUCGUCAGCAGCAUGCAUGAGCCCUCGGCACGCAAGAUCCUAAUCACUGCCAUUGCCAAGGAGAUGCACCUCUCCCCCGAGAGGGUGCAACACUACCUCACCAGCUAUAUCCCGGAUUUGGAAGAUACCGAGACCAGGCUGGUCAUCGGGCGUGCCUCGUUCGUCAAGCAGAGACGUACAAGCAGGGUCAGCAAGUCGAAGCGGCCUUUUGCGACCACGGUUCAUGCCAAGAGGCUUCUGGAGCAGAUCUCCGUCGCCGUCAAGCACAGGGAGCCACUGCUCUUGGUUGGUGAGACUGGUAUCGGCAAAACAACGGUCGUUCAGCAGCUGGCCGAGUCUCUUGGACACCGGCUCGUUGCCGUGAACUUAUCGCAACAAAGCGAAGCCAGCGAUCUCCUGGGUGGGUUCAAGCCCGUCAGCUCGCAGAGCCUUGCCAUGCCCCUGAAGGAAGAAUUUGACGACCUCCUCGAGAAGACUGGGGUUUCUGUCGAGAAAAACAGGGAGUACUUGGAACGCAUCUCCAAGAGGUUCGCGAAGGGCCGCUGGAAGGAGGUCUCGAAGGAGUGGCGGAAGGCGCCCAAGAUGUUCGAAGCUAUCCUCGCCAAGCUGGAAAGCAGCCAGCCGCGUACCGAGACCGCUGACGGCCAGCCUGCGAAGCGCCGAAAGACCGAAUCCUCCAAGUUACAACGUCUGCUCGACCUCAAGCCGCGCUGGGAGAUGUUCUCGCAGAGCCUUGAUCAGUUCGAUAGACAGAUUGCGAGCGGUUCCGCCGGGUUCGCCUUCGCUUUCGUCGAGGGCAAGAUUGUCAAGGCUGCGAGGAAUGGCGACUGGGUUCUCCUGGACGAGAUCAACCUGGCGUCUCCCGAUACGCUCGAGAGCAUCGCUGGCUUGUUCCAACCAAGCCCUUCCCUGCUCCUCUCAGAGACCGGCGAGAUCGAGAGGAUACAGGCACACCCAAACUUUCGAGUAUUCGCCGCCAUGAAUCCGGCUACGGAUGUCGGAAAGCGAGACCUCCCACUCGGAAUCAGGUCUCGGUUCACUGAGAUCUACGUUGGAAGCCCAGACAGGGAUAAAAAGGAUUUGCUGACCAUUAUCAAAACUUACCUGAAAGGAAACAACAGCAGCAUCGAUCGGCUGGCCGAUGAUGUUGCCGAUCUCUACCUCGAGAUCAAGAAGCGAGCGGAGCUCAAGCUUCUGGUAGACCAGGCGAACGAGGUGCCGCACUUUAGUCUCCGCACGCUGACCCGCGUCUUGACAUAUGCCAACGAUGUCGCGCCGUUAUACGGGCUGGAGAGGGCGCUCUAUGAAGGGUUCUGCAUGUCCUUCACGACACUCCUCAGCGAGGAAUCAGAAAGGACUGUGAUGCCAUUAAUUCACCAACAUUUGCUGAAACGGCCAAACAUUCUCACUGUUCCGCCUAAGAAACCCACCGACGGGAAGAAGUACGUAUCGUUCAAGAACACGAACAAGGACCACCACUACUGGCUGCUUCAAGGCAAUGAGAUACCCAAGGAGAGGGAGGACUACAUCAUCACGCCGUACGUUGAGCGGAAUCUUCUGAACCUGGUCCGCGCGACAUCCACUCGCAGAUACCCCAUCUUGAUUCAGGGACCAACCUCUGCCGGUAAAACGAGUAUGAUCGAGUACUUGGCGAACUACACCGGCAACAAGUUCGUACGGAUCAACAACCACGAACACACUGAUCUUCAAGAGUAUCUUGGAACAUACGUGUCCGAUUCCGAGGGGAAGCUUAGAUUUCAGGAGGGCGUGCUGGUUCAGGCCAUGAGGGAGGGAUCCUGGAUUGUGCUGGAUGAACUGAACCUGGCUCCUACGGACGUUUUGGAAGCUCUGAACCGCCUCUUGGACGACAACCGAGAGCUCCUCAUCCCCGAGACGCAGGAGAUCGUGCGGCCAGCCGAAAACUUCUGUCUGUUCGCCACCCAGAACCCCCCGGGCUUGUAUGGGGGCAGAAAGGUGCUGUCCCGGGCCUUCCGCAACAGAUUCCUCGAGCUCCACUUCGACGACAUCCCGGAGAGCGAGCUAGAGACAAUUCUGCAGAAGCGAAGCCGCAAUACUGCACCCUCGGACUGCCGGCGCAUCGUCGCCGUGUACAAACAGCUCACCCGUCUUCGUCAGGAGAGCCGUGUGUUCGAGCAAAAGAACAGCUUCGCCACGCUGCGAGAUCUCUUCCGCUGGGCUCUUCGAGAGGCAGAAACGCGUCAAGAAAUCGCGGAGCAUGGGUUCAUGCUGCUCGCCGAGCGCGUGCGCAAACCUGAAGAGCGCGACGAGGUCAGGAAGGUCAUUGAGGAGGUGUUCAAGGUCAAGAUUGAUCCCGACCGGCUGUAUGACCUGGAGAUCGCCCCCGAGCUAAGCAAUGUCCGGGCAAGAAACAGUCAAGGUGUCAUCUGGACGAGAGCGAUGCGGCGUCUGUAUGUGCUGGUGAAGCGUGCCAUCAAGAACAACGAGCCUGUGCUGCUAGUGGGUGAGACAGGUUGCGGCAAAACGACGGUUUGUCAGUUGCUAGCCGAGUUCGAGAAGAAGGAGCUGCAUAUUGUCAAUGCCCACCAAAAUACCGAGACCGGAGACCUCAUCGGCUCCCAGAGGCCGGUGAGAAACCGCGGCGCCAUCUUGGACGCGCUCUUCCGGGACCUGAAGGAGGCUGCGAGUCUGCUGGGACGGGAACAGGAUUCGCUCGAGAACCUGCAGGAGUGGUACCGCUCUCUGGGUCCUGAGGCCUUGAACCAGCUACCGGAAUCCCUGAGAUCCAAGAUCCGGACGGGAACAACCCGGAGCAAAGCGCUCUUUGAGUGGAGUGAUGGAAGUCUCGUCCACGCUAUGAAGGAGGGAGCCUACUUCCUGCUUGAUGAGAUUUCCCUCGCGGACGACUCAGUCCUCGAGCGCCUCAACUCGGUGCUCGAACCCCACCGAAGCCUCCUUCUCGCCGAGAAAGGCAUCACCGAUUCGUUCGUCCAAGCCACCGAAGGUUUCCAAUUCUUCGCCACCAUGAACCCAGGUGGUGACUUCGGCAAGAAGGAACUUUCUCCCGCACUGAGGAACCGCUUCACCGAAGUAUGGGUGCCGGCCUUCACAGAAGUCGAUGACGUCCACGAUAUUGUUGUCUCCAAGCUGGACAAGAGGUUCAAGUCGCGUGGUGGGAACAAGAAGCAUGCGAAGCCCAUUUCUCGAAUCAUUGUCGAGUUCGCUUCGUGGUUUGGCAAAACCUUCCGCCCAUCGUCCGCCACGGCCUUCUCGGUUCGAGACAUCCUCGCCUGGGUCGAGUUCAUGAACACGAGCCAGUUCCCCUCAGCCGAGCUCGCCCUUCUUCAUGGCGCAGCGAUGGUCUUCAUUGACACCAUCGGCGCCAACCCCUCUGCUCUCGUGGCCGUUGACCCGAGGGAGAUGGCUUCCCAGCGGCAGAUGUGUCUUGAACACCUUAGCAGCCUCUGCGGCGUGGACCUCACACAAGCCUACUUCCAGGAACCCCAGGUCACCAUUGAUGAGAAGAUGCUCAAGAUCGGAGACUUUAGCGUUGAUAGGUCUUUGACCGGUGGCAGUAUUGACGCAGGCCACGAGUUCAGCGUCCCGACAACCAAGAUGAAUGCUAUGCGCGUCAUCAGGGCGCUGCAGGGGACCAAGCCCAUCCUGCUGGAAGGUAACCCCGGCGUGGGCAAGACAACGCUCGUCACGGCGCUGGCCCGGGCGUGCGGCCGUCCAUUGACCAGAAUCAACCUGUCUGACCAGACUGAUCUAAUGGAUUUGUUUGGUACGGACGUGCCAGUGGAGGGCGCAGAGGCGGGGAAUUUCGUAUGGCAGAAUGCGCCGUUCCUGGAGGCGAUGCAAAAAGGCGAGUGGGUGCUGCUUGAUGAAAUGAAUCUGGCGUCUCAAACGGUCUUGGAAGGGUUGAACGCCUGCCUCGACCAUCGUGGAGAGGUCUACAUCGCGGAACUAGACCAAGUCUUCAAGCGGCAUCCGGACUUCAAGCUCUUCGCUGCCCAGAAUGCUCACCAUCAAGGCGGUGGCCGAAAAGGACUCCCCAGCUCCUUCGUCAACCGCUUCAUCGUUGUGUACUCCGAUGUGUUCACCAAGCAAGAUCUGCUUCACAUCAUCGCCAAUAAGUUCUGCGCUAUCGGGAGCGAGACUCAACAGCGUCUUAUCGAGUUCAUGUCCAGGCUCGACGAUGAGGUUGUCAACCGGAGAUCAUUUGGCGCUCUGGGUUCUCCUUGGGAGUUCAAUCUUAGAGACACCCUCCGUUGGGGCGACCUCUUAACCUCCCGAAACCCACUCUUGGCUGACCGGAAGCCGGAUGACUACCUGGAUGUCGUUAUUCGCCAGCGCUUCAGGUCCGAGCGGGAUCGGGAGCAAGUGGACAAGCUAUUCAGCGAGGUCUUUGGACGCGCUCCGGAAAGCCAUGGCCUUUACCACGAUGUCAACCCGUAUUUCGGCCAGGUCGGGCUUGCAACGCUGAAGCGAAACCCACUCUCGCAACCCACCCCUUUCCCCGCCAUUGAUCCGGUGCCGAGACUCAAGGAGAUCGAGUCUAUCAUGAUUUCGGUCGAGCAGGACUUGCCGUGCAUUCUCGUCGGUCCUUCUGGUAGCGGGAAAUCGGCUCUUUUAGCCCAUGUGGCUGCACUUGCCGGGAAGUCACUCGUCGUAUUCCCUCUCAACGCCGAUGUGGAUGCCAUGGAUCUCAUCGGCGGUUUCGAGCAAGCCGAUCCUCACCGAGAGGUACAAGCUUGCCUUUCCAGGCUCCGGGACGCGUUUCAACACCAGAUUCUUUUGGCUCUCCCCAAUCCCGUCCCGGAUGCCGUGUUGGAUCUGAUGGCAGCUCUCAGCUCAUUGACCGGAGGGGCCGACCAGUAUGAGAACAUCUUGUCACUUGUCGAAACCCUUCAGGGCGGCGUAUCUCUUCCGGAAGAUCUCACGGCGCUCCUCUCGGACGCUUCGGAAGUUCUGCGCAAACCUCUGACUCUCGAGAACCCUCGGUUUGAGUGGUUAGACGGUGUCAUUGUCCGCGCUGUCGAGACGGGCGCCUGGCUGGUUUUGGACAAUGCCAACCUGUGCAGCGCAUCCGUCCUGGAUAGGCUCAACUCGCUCCUCGAGCGGCCAAAUGGCAUCCUUAGCGUCAACGAGCACAGCGGCCCCGGUGGCGAGCCAAGGAUCAUCAAGCCGCAUCCGGACUUUAGGAUUUUCUUGACUGUCGAUCCGCGGUAUGGGGAGCUCUCCAGAGCCAUGAGGAACCGUUCCGUCGAGAUCUAUCUCGACAAUCUGCCGGCCGGCACUACUGCCGUUGAGCGGAUCGCACCGCUGGACGCGACCAUGCAUAGGUUUCACGCCGCUGCGAACAUUCUUGACCAGCAAGCCGAGGAUGGGCAGCUGGUUCCGCUAGCACACGAUGUUCUGUCUCUCGGUGACAGCAACAAACUUGACGCCUAUCUCCAAGCGAGCCGUGAAGCACUGGCUGAGUCCUCACCGUCGCUGAUACGCUCACCAGCCGCCAUCCAAAACCUAAGCCUGGUGCUGUCGUACAUUCGAUCAGAAGACACCAACAUGUUGAGGCAGUCACUCGCAGACCUAUACAGCGCAACACCAGACAAGAUGCUGAUGCCGCUGCAUCCGCUCCUCAACUCGCCCAUGGUCCCUCUUCUGGAGCAGGGUCGCGAAGGAUUAGCCGCAUGGCUGGCCAGCUGCUACGAGUUCUAUCUCGCCAUUCGCGGUGCGGAGCAGGCUAUGGAAAAGCAACUCGGUAAAGUCAAUGUUAGCAAGCCGUCCUCGUUGAACCGCCUUCAACGGUCCUGGGUCGCAGACAAGGUCGCCUCGCUCUCCCGGGACUCGACCGUCAACGCGGUGAGGUUCUUGUCCUCAGUUCUGCGGGCUGUCAAGGCGUUUCUCUGCGAGAAGUCAGGCGAUCACGGCUCGUGGAAACAGCGCCGCGCGGUGUUAAGGCGCUUGCUGCUGUUCUGGAAGCGGACUUUCGAGUCGCUCAUUGUUGCCUCGUUCGAGGAGGCCCGCUUCCAGGCGCACCUGACUCAAGGGUCAAGUUUCCUACAGCAAAGCAUGUCUACUCUGCAGACGGAUGACAGCAGCAGAAAGCUCCUAUCUACCAUUUAUGACUUCCUCGAGCGGGAUUUCGUCGUGGGCUUCAAGCUGUUGAGCGGUCUUAGCAUGGAAGUUCUCUGGCACCAGCUGCGUCCUGACCCAAUUCCCGAUGCGCAGGUGCUGGGGCAAGUAUUAGAGCUAGAGCGCCUGGCCGAACGCUUCGACUCACUGCGUUGGCGUGUGGACGUCAACAUCGCUACCCUACGCACCAUUCAGGACUCCAUGGCGAGAGUGUAUGCAGUCAUCCGUACCGGCAAGGGAGACGCCGCGGGUCUGGUCAGAGACCUCCAAUCCGAAAUCACCUCUCUCGAGGCCAAGAUCGGAGAACAUUCGACCACCCACACGCCCUUCUUUGCUUCUAGCUUCGAAGGCCUCCGACAAGCCCUUGUUCUGCACCAAGUCUCCCAGGGUAAAGCCCUGGAACCUGGCUCCUCAGACGUGGACGUCCUCGCCAGCAUCCCGACCGCAAGUCUGAUGCGUCUGCGGUGCCUGAAGCCUACCGCCCUGAAAGCGGUGGAUUGCCUUCUCGUCCAAGAGAGCAGCGAUGUGCAUCCCUGGGAGGGCAGUCUGUCCAAAUCGCUACUCCUCAGGUACGACGCCGCAUCGUCGGCUAGCUUGAACGAGCUGCGCUCGCUCGAAGUCGAGAUGCCUAUCAUGGGCAAGGCUCUUACGAACGCGUCUGAGGCAUUGGCAACCGAACCGUUAGCCAAGGUUGAGCGGUUGCUGUUGAAGCUCAUUGACGAAGUGGUUGCGGCGCACGAUGAGUCUUACAGGGGCCUGAUGAUGGGGGCCUACGAGAACCUUUUGACGCCGCAAAAAUCCAAUGUCGUCUCUCAUCGUGAGCUCGGGGCAUGGCUUGAGCACACCAGUCUUCUCAAGGGCCUUAGCGACAACUUCCCUUCACAUCUUAGCGCCGUCUUUGACAGGUGCUUUUCGAAGUCCUUGCUGGCCCUAGCGGCUUCUGCCAACGGCUUCCGACCGCGCUCUGCCACGACGUCCGUCGCAUGGAUUUGUUUUGCCCUAGGCUGUGUCGAGCUCUUUGUCCCGGACAAGAUCUUUGACCCGCACCACCGAGCGCAGGUUGAGGCGGAGGAACAUCAGGAGCAUUAUCAAAGCCUGAAGGCCCAGAUCGCUGCUCUCGAGGCUUUCGAGCUUGCCUUCACCGGCCAACGGACCAAUCUCCGAUCCCAGCUUCUCGCCGAAGAAGUGGAAGGACUGGGCGAGUCGCCUCCCGUUCAGAAGAUCUAUCGUCCUGGCGGCGGCGAGCUCCACAGCCUGCAGGGCGAAUUCAACAAUGUGUUGAACGCGCUGAUUGGGAACGAGGUCGCAGCUACGCACCUGCGGUCUCUCGUCUCGCCCUCCAAUGACGGCUCCGAGGAGCUGGCGCUCGUCGAGGACAACAUCAAGCUGCUGAUCUCUCGUUUGACGUCAAGAUUUGGCGCCUACCAAGAUCUCACAAUGCCGCUGGUCAGCUUCCUCCGGUGUGUGAGGAUGGGCCUGUCGCUAGGUCGGGGUGUUGGACUAAACGAGGAAGUUGAAAAAGGUAACUCGCAGGCUCUUGUUGCCGUCAGCCCCUUCCUCGGCGGGGCCAUCUGGAAAGCAGAGACAGCAUCACUCCCCCUUCUCUCGCUGGAGUUCCUUUCAUUCAUCCAGACCGUUGUCGCUGUGGAGGGCCUUGAUAAGCUCCCUCAAACCCUACGUCAAGCGCUCCAUGAGUCCCUGGGCGCGUUUCACGAGGAAUGGACCAAGAAGCUGGAGGCCGACCGCAAGAUCCAAGAGGCCAAGACCAGUCUCUUCAGGUUCAAGGGCAGCCUCGAGGAUCAAGAAGAGUAUGACCAGGAAGAAUUCGACCAACUCUUCCCUGACUACACCCCCGACGAGGAGGGCGUGGUGAAGAGCAAGAAGCCACGCCGUGGCGGCCGUGACCUCUCCAUCAUGCUAGCCGAGGCACAUGAGAAAAUCUUCCUCUCGGCCCCGGAACCGCAGCAAAGUAUCAAGGGUCUAUGCGCGCAGGUCGCCCGCCGGGUUGCCCGCGAAAAGCGCGAGAGUGCUGUUGCUGAGCCCGGACUGGAUAGCUUGCUUCUGCCCGCGACGAUUUUGGUCUUCGACGAGCAGGUCAAAGCCCUCGGCUCGAACGUCGACGCCUCCAACUACAAUUUUUACACGGACGCCAACCUCGCCGAAGUCCGCAAGGUCCUCGGCCUCGUCAACUCGAUCAAACAGCGUUUCCUCGAGCUUCAGGAUAUCGAUGAAAUCGGCCACCAUCAAACCUUGGCUGACGUGGUACAGGCCUGCGAUAAAGUGCUAGAGAUGGCCAUCGACGACCCUUUGGCGAGGAUCAUCGUUGCCAUCGAACGUCUGUAUGCACAUGUUUAUGAGUGGCAUGAGGGUGGCUGGGCCAGCAAGGCACACAAGGCAACUGCGCUAUAUGAGAAGCUCAGGGAUACCAUCUGUGACUGGCGCCGUCUGGAGUUGUUGAGCUGGUCUCGGCUGCUCGACGCCGAGCUGAAGAAGAGCUACGAGGACGCCAAGUCGUGGUGGUUCAUCGCCUAUGGCGCUGUCAUUCUUGAGCCGUGCUCCAUAUUACAGCAGGGUCACGACCUCGGGGACCAUGCUGUCAAGCUGCUAAGCAUCUUGGAGUCAUACUUUACCGACGCAACACUCGGUCAAUUUAGGGCCCGCUUAGACCUCCUUCGCCAGCUCAAGAACCAGCUGGAUCAGAUGGUGCGCGAUGAGCCGGCCCUGGCAUUGGUUCGCGACGCCAUCCAAAACUUCAUCACCUUCUACAGCCGGUACGAGCGCAGAGUUAGCGAAACAAUAACAGCCGGGCGCGCACCGCUGGACAGGAGCAUGAAGGACGUUCUGUUGAUGUUCAAGUGGAGGGAUAAGAACAUCGAGGCUCUCCGAGAUAGCGCGCACAAGUCUCAUCAUAAGCUCUUCAAGCUUGUGCGUAAAUUCCGCGCGGUGCUGGAGCAGCCCGUAAGGCCAAUCGUUGAACAGGGGCUCCCCGAGGAGGACCACAGCGAUGCGAUUACCGAAGGCGGUGCGGAGCAUGUUGGGGCUCGCCUUGAUCAGAGCGCGAUCGCCUUCUGCCAACGGGCACUUCCCAACAUCACAAGUCACCCGCACUGGGCCAGGAUGUCCAACCUCCCUGCCGUCCUCAAGGCAAUGUCUAAGCACGGUUCUCUGCCAUCAACGGCCAUCAACGCUGCCGAAACGCUGGAUAGCUACGUCACUGACCUCAGCUCCUCGAUCUCCGCCCUGAAGAAAGAGACGCCGCCGACCCUGACCGACGAAAACAAGGAGCUUGUCCGCCACCUCAAGACCCGCAAAGUCACCCUGUACAGCGAGACCCUCAAGACGCUCCGCGCCAUGGGCUUCAGCCGCAAUCUUGGCACCAACAUCCUCGCGAGACAGAGCUCGACCGCUGUGAUCCUUGUCGGCUCGGGAAUCGUACCCGAUAUCGACGGUGCCACACCGGGUGCGAUUGAGUACUUCUACCACAAGACGCUUGACCUGGCGCCGCGGUUCCGUGCUGCCGCAUCUGGACACUCCGAGGAUCUGAGUCGCGAGGUGGUGCACCGCAGUAUUGGGUACUUGGAAGGCGUGCUACAUGUCAUGUUCCGGCAGCGGCAGUUCUUGGCUCGCGCUGCUGCGGAGGAGCGUGGCCUGUCCGGGGCCGUGCAGGCUGUUGGGAAUCUCUCUGCCGGAGGGGACAACUCCUUCAGGACGCAGUCUCGGUCAGCCAAUCAUGCCCAAGUGGUUCGCUGGCUGGUGCAGGUUCUCAGAGUCGGUAUUGAUCUGCUGGAUGUCCACGGCAAGCUCGGCGGUGCGGAUAACGCGACGGUCCGCGGCACGCUUCAGGGCUGGGUCGAGGUGUUCACGAAGCUGGAUGCUGCUCAUGACCGCCUCCCUCGCCUUCCUGGCGGGUUCAACUCGUAUGCUGGUGAAAAACUCCAAGGCGACGUGGAGCGGGAACUUGAUUCUCUCCGGGCCGCUCUCGUCGAGAUCGCCCAGGCACGGCCUGACCUCGCCUUCAUCGUGCGACAAAUACAACCCUGGACCAGCAUUCAGGCCACGGAGGUUGCAAACGGCGUCCUCAGCAGCGACCACAUUACCGACGUUGCCGAUGCGGCGCUAACACUCUCGAGCAAGAUCCUCGUCGCACUGCAAAAUUUCCAGAAGGCUGUCCAAACCCUGCCACAGACGACAGAAGACCCCAGUUGGCUUCUCAACUACGGCGAUGGCCUCCAAAUAUCCAUCGAGGCCCUUCGCAUGUCAAGGAUUACAUCGGAAGUCAACGCCCUCAUCCACCGACUCGGAGGCCUCUCCUCCCCCGAGACGUCCACCACCUCCUCUGCACUCCUUCGACUCCUUCAGCCGGUCCUGGCGCAGUACUCCACAAUCUGCACCCGAAACCUCAAGCAAUUCUCCGCUCUUCACCGCGCAACCUGCCGGCUGGGUUAUCAUCUCGCCUCCUCCUUCGUGCAGAUCGCCUCGCAGGGCUUCUGCACGCCCCAGGAAAAGAGCGACGAAAAAUCAGGCGAGUCCGGCAAUGUCGAGAGCGGAACGGGCCUCGGAGAGGGCGAGGGGGCAGAGGACAUCAGCAAGGACAUCAAGCCCGACGAGGACCUUUCGGAACUCGCGCAGGACCCGAACAAUAACGCCCAGGCUGAUAUCGAGGAGAACAAGGAUGCUGUCGAUAUGGGCGAAGACGAGCUCGAGGGGGAGCUGGGCAGUGUGGGAGGGGACGAGGAGGAGGAAGAUGAGAAGAAGGACCGGGAUGAAGAUGGGGAGGAGGAGGAGGAGGAGAUGGAUGAGCAGGCUGGAGAUGUGGAUGAUCUUGAUCCGACGGCGGUGGAUGAGAAGAUGUGGGACGGUAGCGGAGAGGACGACGCUGAGAAGGAUCAGAUGGGGGAUCAAGAGAAGGGAAAGAAGGACGACGACCAGAGCGCCGCCGCGGAGGGGAAGAAGAACGAGCAGAAGGGAGAUGACCAGGAUGAGGGGAAUGCGCCCCCCGAUGAGGUUGGGGAAGAACAGGGGGAUGAGGAUGCCGAGAUGGAGGCGGGCCAAGAGGAAGAGGGCAUGCCGCAGGAAGAGCUGAAUCGCCAGGAUCAGAACGUUCAGGAAAAUGAGACGCUGGCUCUUCCGGACGACAUGGACCUUGAAAUUGAUGACGGGGGGGAAGAGAGUGGGGAGGAUGAUGAUGAUGAUGAUCUGGACGCGUUGUCGGACGUUGAGGAGCCGGAGGAGAAGCAGGCCGAUGUGCCAGAGGACGCGUCUCAGAGUGGGGACGAGGAAAAGGGUGAAGAGGAGGAGCACCGGAAGGACGAGGAUAUUCCGGAAGGAGAAGCCGAGCAAGAAGAGGAGAUCGAUGCAGCUGGGGACAGAGAGGAGGAGAUGGAUGUGGACAUGGAGGAGCAGGGGAAGGAAGAGGAGCAGGGAGAAGAAGAGGGCCAAGAUGACGAGAAGGACGAGAAGAAACGGCCGGUUCCCGACAAUGGGACUAGCGCCGAUCAGGACGAUGCUGCACCCAGCGACGUCCGGAAUGGAGGCGGCCAAGCCGAAGACGCCAACAUGCAGGAUGAGGAGGUGGACAACAAAGCCGGCCAGAGAGAGCAAGGCGCCCUUGGCAAGCAGUCGGCCGAGGAGGACAAGGCGCCCGGCAGCAAGGGUGCGCUCUCGAAUAUGGACCAAGAGCAAGGGCCUUCGGAGGAGACUCGGGAUGCAGAGUCGAAUAACGCUCAGCCAUUCAAGAAGCUCGGCGAUGCUCUGGAACGGUGGUACCGUAACCAGCGCGAGAUUCAGGCCGCAUCCGAGAGCCAAGAAAAGACGGAGCGCUCACCCGAGGACAUGGCGCGGGCCGAGUUCCAGCAUCUUCAGGAUGAGACAGCCGAAGCCGAUACCCAGGCUCUAGGGACCGCCACCAACGAAGAGGCCCGCCCGAUGGACGAUGCGAUGGCUGUUGACACCGAGAUGGACGAGGCCGACAACCAGAUCGUGCCGCCGGAGGACGAGCAGGAGGAGCAGGGUGGAGACGUCGAGAUGGAGGACACCGAGCCGGCCGAGCCGCAGGAUGUUUCCAAACACGAGCGCGAGGACGGCCGUUCUGGUGUGGCCACCCGCAAGGGAGCCUACGACACGGGAGAUGCCGAUGAGGGUCCGAGGGCCGAGGCCCCCGAGGAUGUCGAGGAUGAGCAGAUCGAGGAGACGUCCAGCCAACUGUUGGCCACGCGCAUCACGGGGGAAGACGAGGAGGCCGUGCCGCUGCGCGACUACGACGAAGCGCUCGAGAUGUGGUCCGACUUCCAGAACAAGACCCAGCCGCUCUCGCAGUCGCUCUCGUCCCAGCUCCGCCUGAUCCUCACGCCGACGCAGUCAACAAAGCUCUCCGGGUCCUUCCGCACCGGCAAGCGGCUCAACAUCAAGAAGAUCAUCCCCUACAUCGCAUCGAGCUACAAGCGCGACAAGAUCUGGAUGCGGCGGGCGAUCCCGUCCAAGCGGGCGUACCAGAUCCUGCUCUGCGUCGACGACAGCUCGUCCAUGUCGGACGAGAACCGCUCCUCGUCGGGCAGGCUGGCGCUCGAGUCGCUGGUCAUGGUGGCGCGGGCGCUGACGGUGCUCGAGGCCGGGCAGAUCGGGGUGCUGGGCUUCGGGACCGACGUCUUCGUGGCGCACGCGCUCACGGACCCGCCCUUCACGUCGCAGGACGCGGGCGCGCGCGUGCUGCAGCGGUUCACGUUCCGGCAGGAGGGCACCGACAUGGUGCGGCUGCUGCGCAAGACCAUCGACCACUUCCGCGAGGCCCGCCUCGUGCAGGCGUCGGGCGGCGGCGGCGGCGGCGGUGGCGAGGACCUCUGGCAGCUCGCGCUCAUCCUGUCGGACGGGCUGGUCCAGAGCCGGGACCACGCCCGGCUGCGGCCGCUGCUGCGGGAGGCGAUGGAGCAGCGGGUGAUGGUGGUGUUCAUCGUCAUGGACGACGCGAGAGAGAACAGGAAGGGCCACAGCGUGCUGGAGCUCAAGGAGGCCCGGUUCGGACCCGACGGGGUGCCCGUGAUCCACCGGUACCUGGACUCGUUCCCGUUCCCUUACUACCUGAUCGUGCAUCACCUGGAGGACCUGCCAGGGGCGCUGGCGGCGCUGCUGAGGACUUGGUUUGCCGAGGUCAAUUCGUAAAGGAGGUGCAUAAUUAAAUACUUGAUAUCAGAGAUUUGGGGCUCCUUGUUCUUGUUCUUGUUAUUAUUGUUACUGUUGCGAGUUGAUUAAUUAGGGUGUUUGGGGUCUGGAAAGGGAAAAAAAAGAGAAAAAGAAUGUUUUGAGGAUUUAAAUAUAUACAAUAGAGUACGCAUUACGAUUAC